UCUUUUUGCGAUACUCGAAGAGACAACUUGACAUUGAAAUACUACAAAGCUAUAUAUACACCCCAUGAUCUUCUCAAUUGUUCUCACCAGGUUUCUAUGGUAGCUGCAUCUCGCCCUGUCUACUUACUUAGGUUGGUAUUCGGUGAGUUUGCUGUCUGGUAUCAGUACCAGAUCUACAAGAAUCCAUCGCCACAAGCAGCCUAUCCGUGAAAGCAAUAAUCCCAGAAUCAACACCUACAUCACCAACACCGUCAUGUCUGACGUCAAAAUUCCUGGACUUGGCAACUUGCAACCCGCCGCGGAUACAGAGAGUGGCAAUGUCCAGCCUACUGCGGUGCCUGCGGUGCCGGCAGACGAAAUGGCGGUUGAUAAUCCACCAAGUCCACCAUCACUCACGUCGGGACUCGAAGCCCUCCUUGGUGGCCUAGACCCUCUACCAGAGCCAGUGCCCGCUUCAUCAGAACAAAGUAAAGAUACCACUGGUGCUCUACCGGAAACAAACAACACAGCUGUAUCAGAGACUGAAAAUCCAGCGCAAGCCAGCGCCUCCCAAGAAGCUGGUAAUGAUAACGUGCAAGAAGAGCAUCCAGAGUGGGAAGUGGACUCAUCUCCCUACGAGUCAUCUUCCGACUCUAGCAGCUCGGAUGACUCUGAUGAGGACUCUGACGAUGAGAAAGACUAUAAGAUUCUUGGGCCCGAGGAGACCGCCCGUAUACUCAUGGAAAUGGAUGGUGGGUCUGACGACGAAGGUGAUGGCAAGGGAAAAGGUAGCAGUUCUGGUAUGGUACGAACCAAAAAUGAGCUCCCUGAAGCCAUCGUCCCGCGACCCGAAGUUGAGAUCAAACCUGAGAUGGAGAUAGUUGAGCUGGGUUCGAUUGAGCAUUUCGUUGGCAACACCGCUGUCAUCAAAGCAAAUACCGACGGAGAGUACCAAGUCCUCGACACAGGAUCUGUGCUUUGUCUUGCAGACCGAACCGUGAUAGCUGCCGUGGCGGAUGUCAUCGCGGCGGUGCGGGAGCCUCGGUAUACCGCUGGCUUCCAAAACGAAGAAGAGAUCAAGUCUUUCGGAUUAGAGACUGGAACCAAGAUCUUCUACCCACCUGCACUAGCAAGUCUUGGGUUCACAGAGAUGCUCAAAGCCAACAAGGGCACAGAUGCAAGUAACUGGCACGACGAGGAGGUCGCUGAAGACGAAAUCGAAUUCUCGGAUGAUGAGAAGGAGGCAGAGCACAAGCGCCAAUUGAAAGCCAAAAAGCGAGGGGCACGUGGUGGUCGAGAGGGUGCGGCGAGUCGAGGAGGACGUAACGAUGCUAUUCCUGCGGGUGCCUCCAUGGCCUCGGCUGAAUUGAAGUACGAUGAUAAUGACGAUGAUGACGGCCCUUACCGACCGCUAGCUCGUCCAGUAGGAUUUGGGCAAAACCAAGCCUCCCAUGGAAGCAGUGAGCCUCCGAGUGGCUUCUCUGGCCAUUCCGGUGGUCAUUGGGGAAAUCGAGGCGACUUUAGAGGCAGAGGGAGCCGUGGCCGGGGCGGACGUGGCAAUCGUGGUGGCAAUGUGCGUGGCGGAUAUUCACUACCACCAAGACCACAAGGUCAAGACGGCCAGGGAGCGCAAAGUUACCACCAACAACAACCACCUGCGCAACAGUACAGUCUACCUCCUAUGGUGAUGGGUGGUCAACCCUUUACAAGCUUAAGUCCUCCUCAACCCAACGCUCAGCAACCACAUGGACCUGCCAACCAGCAGUUUCCCUUCCCCUGGCCACAAAAUGCUCAACCAGGCUUUUAUCCUCCUCCACCACCUCAAUUCACAGGCCAGUCUGGUGCAAAUGGGAUGUAUUUACCGCCCAAUUUCUUGACAGCUCUACAAAAUCAGAUGCAAGCCCAACAAAAUCAACAAAACAACCAGUGGCCCGGUCCACAUGGCCAACACAACACUAACUCAUGGCCUGGACAAGGAGGCCACGGGUAAAAAUUUAGCAUGUCGUUUGCUUGUGCUGGGGAAAUCGGCACGUGGAUUAUAGGCAAUAGGUUGUGGCAUGGAUCUAACAUUUUAGGCGCAUAUACUCUGGCCAGCUGUGAUGGCGAAAGUAAGGACAGGGCUGCCCAGCAUGGACCUUGUUCAAAAUAACGAUGAUGACUACCGUACUCUUGGUAGCACGUACGGCUCAUUUGCUCGCUAACUGGCUAUUGGCCUGAACUGACAGAGAAGAGAACGUCCCUCGGCUGAACUGUCGAUCGCGCCUUAUCUACAUACUUUGUACGUGUGGUUGUGACUAAAAGUCGAGUCGCCCCGUUUCCGUACGAUAAUAUAUAUUAUAUGCUCCCUAAAAUAUGAUUAUAUUUGAUGCCACUCUUGUUCUCAGGGAGGCUGACAUGCUGUUAUUUUGCUGCGUCUUGAUGCGACUGGUG